UUAAAAUUUUAAUCCUUUAAAUUCGAUAAAUAUUUAUAGAUAUCCAUAUUUUCCCAGAGAAAGAACUUUCGUUCUCAACAUUGAAAAAGCUCGAACGAUUGCCGAUUCGAAGACAGCUUUCGUUUAAAAAAAAAUAAUAAUAAUAAUAAUAAUCUUAUAAGAAUCAAAUAUAAACAUAAAAAUCUUUUAUUUGUUUUUUUUUUUCUUUUGAAUGAAUCGCGAAUAUAUUCUGAUUAAGGUUCUUCCCAAAUUUUAGCUUUCUUUUUUUAAAGCUUUGAUUUGAUUAGAGGAAUUGUUUCCAAGUUACAGAGAAGUUGAAGAUUUUAAUGAAGCUAAGCUUUCAUUGACUAAAGAGGGGAAAGUGAGUUGACUCAACGUUGGAACUCGGUGCUGCUAAAGGUCAAUUGGGAUUUUGCUUUAAACAGAAUAUUUAAAAAUAGAAGGAUAUUUGGUCAAGAUGGGUAAAAGUCGGUGAAAACUACUUGGAUGAAGCUUGUUUGUGAAGCUGAGUGUACACAUUCUAACCAUACAAAAAGUUUGUAGAACCUAGGUUUCUUCAUUGAUUUGUGCUGUUUGAAGAGAUCCAUUGAGGUAUUGGGAUGGGCUGUGGGUGUUCAAAACUAUCUGUAUGUUGUUGGACGUUGGAUCAGAAUGGAUCAAUUCCUGAAGCUGCUAAUGUUGAAAAUGAGGGCAAGGGUGAAGUUGACGGUUUGCCUGCAUUCCGUGAAUACUCAAUUGACACACUCAAGACAGCUACAUCUGGAUUUUCUGUGGAGAAUAUAGUUUCAGAACAUGGUGAGAAGGCUCCUAAUGUAGUUUACAAGGGCAAGUUGGAAAAUCAAAGGUGGGUUGCUGUUAAACGAUUUAAUAGGUCUGCAUGGCCUGAUGCUCGGCAAUUCUUGGAAGAGGCAAGAGCUGUUGGCCAGCUUCGGAACCACAGAUUGGCAAAUUUACUUGGUUGUUGCUGUGAAGGUGAUGAGAGGUUACUUGUCGCAGAAUUUAUGACUAAUGAUACACUGGCAAAACACUUAUUCCAUUGGGAAGCACAACCAAUGAAAUGGGCAAUGCGAUUAAGGGUUGCUUUGCAUCUUGCAGAAGCUCUAGAGUACUGCACCAGCAAAGGACGUGCCCUGUAUCAUGACCUAAAUGCAUAUAGAAUUGUUUUCGAUGAUGAGGGCAACCCUAGACUUUCAUGCUUUGGACUAAUGAAGAACAGUAGAGAUGGAAAAAGUUACAGCACAAACUUGGCAUUUACUCCUCCAGAGUAUUUGAGGACAGGAAGAGUAACACCAGAAAGUGUAAUUUAUAGUUUUGGCACCCUUCUACUUGAUCUUCUCAGUGGAAAACAUAUUCCUCCAAGUCACGCUCUGGACCUUAUACGUGACAGGAACAUUCAGAUGCUGACAGAUUCUUGUUUGGAAGGGCAAUUUUCAAAUGAUGAUGGGACCGAGUUAGUACGUUUAGCAUCACGAUGUUUACAAUAUGAGCCCCGCGAACGGCCAAACCCAAAGUCAUUAGUUUCUGCAAUAAUUCCUCUUCAGAGGGAUGCUGAGGUUCCUUCUCAUGUAUUAAUGGGCAUACAUGCUGGUGCUGAUGCUGUACCGCUAUCACCGCUUGGGGAAUCCUGUGUAAGAAUGGAUUUGACUGCCAUUCAUGAGGUCUUAGAAAACCUUGGAUAUAAAGAUGAUGAGGGUACUGCUACUGAGCUUUCAUUCCAAAUGUGGACAAACCAGAUGCAAGAAACAUUGACAUCGAAGAAAAAGGGUGAUGUUGCUUUUAGGCAUAAAGAUUUUACUGCUGCCAUUGAAUGCUAUUCCCAGUUCAUUGAUGUUGGAACCAUGGUUUCCCCAACUGUUUAUGCUCGACGUAGUUUGUCGUAUCUCAUGAGUGACAUGCCCCAAGAAGCACUGAAUGAUGCCAUGCAAGCACAAAUAGUAUCCCCAGUUUGGCAUAUUGCAUCCUACUUGCAAGCUGCUGCUCUAUUUGCCCUAGGAAAGGAUGACGAGGCACAGACAUCUCUCAGGGAGGGUACUGAGCUUGAAAAUAAAAAGAAUGCAACUUCUUGACAACAAUGAUCAAAGCUCAAAUAAGUCACCUCUCCAAUCGACCGGACAAUGACCAUCCAUUAAAAAGGCUCUCAAAUUAUUGCAGGUAAGAAAGUGAACAUUUUCUUAAACCUCAAAAGAAACCCAUGCAAUAUGAAGGACACGUAAUGUCGAUCAUCUCUGUGCACGAACUGGUUUGGUUCAGUUCGGUUCAGGUCAUAGUCAAGCUUGAAACAUUUGUUUUACAAGAUCCUGGAUGUAGGUUGGUUUUGGUGUGAGUUGGACAGGGGGCUUUGGGGCAACUCCAUAAAUCUGCCCUUGUUUUCACUCUUGCUUACAUUUCCCAAUACAAUGAUCUUUGGAGUAAUAAA